AUGGAUAUAGAAAUGGAGUUAGACUAUAGUAAACUAUUGGAAUUAGAUCAGAUUUUAAAGUAUUUAAUUGAGAAUAGAUUGUCGUUUGAGUGGCUAGCCGAUGAUCAAAGAGAUAAUCUUUUAAAUGAAGAUGAUACUCCUCAAUUUAUUGAUGAAAAUAUAUCAAUGAUAUUAGUAGCUUGGUAUAAGCUUGGUCGAUAUCCAAAUAGAAUGGUUUCACUACAUGGUUUGAAUGAAGUCAGUGAUUUUGUCGAGACCCAAAAAGCAUGGGAACAACAAUUUUUGACCAACAUAAAUUCUCUGUUCAAACAAUAUGAUUCUCUUAGAACAUGUAAAAUAGAUAGUAAUGAUAAUAAUGAUGAUAAUAGUAUAGAUAUUAUAACUAAUAAUAGUAAUGAAAAUAAUGUAAAUAUUGAAAAAGAAACAAUUACAACAAAUUGUUGUAAAAACGAGAACAUUGAGAAAAGUAAUGAGAAUAAAGAGAAUAGUACAGAGAGUAAUAAAGAGAGUAACAAUGAGAAUAGUGUUGAAGAAAAGAAGAAUUAUAAAAAUAAUCAGUUCAUUGAUAAUAAUAAACUGUUGGUUGAUAAAGUUAAAGAGUUGAUUACGAGUCAGUUGAAUUUGGAUCGUUUGUUGAAUAUGUUGGGCAUGAGAAAGACAGUUGGAUCGAGUAGUGCUAUUCCGCAUGGACCUGUUAGAUUGAUGAACAGUGCCAAUCUUCCACAUACACCGGGAUCAGCUUCGAGACUCUCAGUGUCGGCUCGUGCCUUCUGUAAGCAUGCCAACCGAUCGGAGAAUUCAUUCUGGGGAUCUGGAAAGGGUCCAGAGUUGGAUAAAAAUCAGAGAUCAGAGAAGACAAUCAUUAGAAUUCUUCGUGACUCAACAUGGAUCAAUAUGCAUGCAUUGCCUCAUAAUAUUAUAAUUUUGGAGGUUCGAUGUAGUGAGAGCUAUGGAUUGAGAUGGGGUUGCGAUGGAAAUUUCUUUAGAGGAACAUUAGAACCAAUGAUGGAGAGUUUUCUAUGGUUGGUUCUUUCUUUUUUAGUUUCAUUGAUGGAUUGUGGCGCCAAUAGCUAUGACCUAACAGGAGGUGUCGAUAUCUCAAAGUCUCAAUCUAUAUAUUUCAAUAGCAAUGGAAGUUUGGUCGAUCAACAACAACAACAGCAGCAAUCAUCUCUAGACUACGGAAAUCAAUUUCUAUCACAGACAUCUUAUUUCAUCCCUAAACCACCUCCACCACACUCCCCAACAAAUCAUCAAGUUCCAAAAUUCUCAACACCCGUUUCAAAUGGCAAUAUAAAUAGCAGCAUCCCUAUUGGACAUAUCAACAGCAAUAACAAUAGAUUUUUAAAUAUUAACAAACGAAAGUUGGAAAUGAAUAUAACUACAAACUUUCAAAGCAACAACAACAAUAAUAAUCAAUCAGUUGUUCAAACAACUUCUCAACCUCAGUAUAUUUUCAAUAAUUUUCAACAACAACAACAACAACAAAACUCUGUUGUUACCAGUAAUUCAACUGUCGAUAUUAAUAUGAAAAUAUUGAAUAAUCAGAUUACACCAACUUCGGUAUGUAGUCAGGUGCCUUCAUCACCAAGAACCGAUAAAAAAGAUCAAAGUAUCAAAUUCGAUAGACAAAGCUCAUGUCCAACUUUUUCCACUGUUUAUAUCCAACCUGGUGCAAAUGGCAGUGGCACUACUCAAAGCAACGACCUCUCAAUACAGCCAAACUCUGCCAACAGUUCACCAAAUUCAUUUCCAUUCGCCACCACUCUGCCAAAUGAAUUCAAUACAAAGGUUGAAUUCUCGCCUAUUUCCAUUUCGCCAACUCCUACUUCCUCUGACGAUAAUCCAACUAGCUCAGGGAGCAGUACAGCCUCUAGUUCUUCCUCUUCCGGUAAAACAUCGACACCAAAAAAGAAGAAAGGAAAAUCAAAAUCAUCAUCAUCAGCAUCAUCGACAUCGACAACUUCAACCUUCACUCCAGCCAAUGCAACUACAACAACGAAUACAACCACAACAUCUUCAACAUCUUCUUCCUCUUCUCAAUCAUCGACACCUUUGAACUCUUCAUCAAGUAUUCCUAACCCGGAAUCAACAGCAGGCUCACCAAUAGGAGCUACAUCACCUUCAUCUGAAAAUCUUAUUAUUUUCGACUCGCCAAGUUCAAAAAAAUCAAAGAAAUCAAAGUCCUCUUCAGGAGGAGGAGGUGGUGGCGGAAGAGGAGGUCGUGGUUCUAAAUCUUCACUUUCCAGAUCAUCAUCAUCAAAAUCUUUACUAAAUUUAAAAUCGAACACCGACACAGCCAAAACAACAGCAACCGCAACAACUACACCGACAUCUGUUACAUUAAAUAUUGACCCAACCAAAUCAACUUCAUCUUUACCAAUGCCGACUAUCAGCGAACUACCAAUGACACUUCAACAACAACAACAACAACAACAUCAACAUCAACAACAACAACAACCUUUAAAUCAACAACAACAACCACAACAGCAACAACAAGAAAUGUACUUAUUUCCACCUGUACAAAUGUCAUAUGAUAACUUUGUAAAUUCAGCAUGCACUAGAUUCAAUAUCUUGAUUGCUGAACUCUCACCGUUACAAACCGUCAGAUUUAUCAACUAUGUACAAACAACACUCCUAACUCAUUAUCCAAAUCACACUCCAUCUAUAAUGCGUGGUUUUGACGAUCCAAUGGUGAUCGGUUCAGUUCAAAACUAUGAUACAUCAUCGUCAUCUUCAUCUUCAUCAUCGUCAUCACUUUCAUCACCAAUGAACUUACAACAACAGCAACAACAACUACAACAACAAAUCCAACCAAUGGAAAUAAUAACACCGACUGAUUUAAACAAUAAUUGUUUGCAACCAAUGAUUGCACAACCAAUCACAAGCUACACCACCAUCACAAACAACAACACCACCACAACCACCACCACUGAUAAGAAAUCAAGUCUUAAAUCAAGUAACACCAUACUACCACCACCACCAACACAAUCAAAAGCACUUACUCUACCAAGUAAGCGAAGUGCUGAAUCACAAUCAUUUCACAGCGGAACUACAAAGAUUAAAACAAAGCCAAAGAAGAAAAAGCAAGUCAAGAGAUCAAAGGCACCCAACACAAUCGCCAACGAUUUCGUCACCAACAAAAGAUCACCACUUGCUUCUGUUGACAUAUAUAAUGUUUUAACUGAAUCUGUUCUGAAUACUUUAAAUAUUGAAGAAUUAACUAAACUUUCAACGUUAUUACCAUCUGGUGAGAAAAUUGAAGAUAUCUUUAAGAAUAAAUACUUUAUGGAAUCGUUGGGAGUUUAUAAGAAAAACUUGGAACUUGGAACCUACGAUGAAUAUGAAAUUCCAAAGAUGAUACUUGAAACUGAAGUAGUGACUCCAACCUCAACUACUACUUCAGCUUCUUCUUCUUCUUCUUCUUUGGAUUCGACCAAUACAAAAGCGAAUACAAAUGACACCAACAACGCCACCACUAAUACCACAACUACUAGUACAUCAACAGAAACAACAACAGAAUCAACAACUACUGCUGAUGCUGCUGCUGCUGAUAUUACUACGAAUAAUUCAACGACAUCUUCAUCAUCAUCACCACCUACAACACCAACACCCAUGAAUACAUCAGAUACUUAG